AUGCCUGGCCCGUGUUUUUAUAUUUUAAGUAGAAAUAGAGAUACAGGUGAAAUUAAUGUUUUAUUUCAAGAAUCAAAACACGAUUAUGAUGGUUUAUUUGAUGCAUAUGAUGUUACUGAAGUUUUAACGAAAGAUGUUGUAAGUCCAACAUUUAUAUUAGAUCAGUCCAAUACUGAAUACAGAUAUAAACCAUUUCAAGAAAUAACAUAA